UUUCAGAAUAUAUACAGCCCUGCUCUGGGACACACCUCCAUUGGAUUUAAAAGACAGUCCUCAUCAGCACUGACUUUCAGCUAUGGAAUCGUUGCACCAUUAUACGUUCCCACCAGCAGUGCACAAGGAUUCCUGUUUCUCCACAAGCUCACCUGCCCCCUGGUUCCCUGUGAGGUGCUGGAGACUGGCAGCAAGUGUCCUGUACCCUGGACACGUGGCUGGAGUGCAGUGGCGCUAUCUCGGCUCACUGUAGCCUCAACCUCCAGGGCGGGGCUCAUGUGAUCCUCCCGCCUCAGCCUCCCAACGCAUUUCUUGUGGUCUUGGGCGAGUCACUUAGUGUUCCUGAGCCCUGGUCUCCCGAGCUGUGCUGGGAGGAGCAUCCUGUUCCUGUGGUGUUCAUCUCAUCGGUCACUCUGCCUUUCCAUUUCGCUGAGCACAAGAGAGCACACAGACCCUUGCUGUGAACCGCCGUGGCAGGGCCUCGGCGCAGGUGCGACUGUCACGCUGCGCUCAGUAACACAAGACCUGCCCUCGACGGACGGGUGCUCAUUACAAGAUGAAGUUCACACGGUUGAUGAUGAAGCGCCGGCCGUGUAAAUGAAGAUCGGGUGAGGAGCAGGACGAUGCCCAAGGGUGGGUGCCCUAAAGCACCACAGCAGGAAGAGCUUCCCCUCAGCAGCGACAUGGUGGAGAAGCAGACUGGGAAAAAGGAUAAAGAUAAAGUUUCUCUAACCAAGACCCCAAAACUGGAGCGUGGCGAUGGCGGGAAGGAGGUGAGGGAGCGAGCCAGCAAGCGGAAGCUGCCCUUCACCGCGGGCGCCAAUGGGGAGCAGAAGGACUCGGACACAGAGAAGCAGGGCCCUGAGCGGAAGAGGAUUAAGAAGGAGCCUGUCACCCGGAAGGCCGGGCUGCUGUUUGGCAUGGGGCUGUCUGGAAUCCGAGCCGGCUACCCCCUCUCCGAGCGCCAGCAGGUGGCCCUUCUCAUGCAGAUGACAGCCGAGGAGUCUGCCAACAGCCCAGUGGACACAACACCAAAGCACCCCUCCCAGUCUACAGUGUGUCAGAAGGGAACGCCCAACUCUGCCUCAAAAACCAAAGAUAAAGUGAACAAGAGAAACGAGCGUGGAGAGACCCGCCUGCACCGAGCCGCCAUCCGCGGGGACGCCCGCCGCAUCAAAGAGCUCAUCAGCGAGGGGGCGGACGUCAACGUCAAGGACUUCGCAGGCUGGACGGCGCUGCACGAGGCCUGUAACCGGGGCUACUACGACGUCGCAAAGCAGCUGCUGGCUGCAGGUGCGGAGGUGAACACCAAGGGCCUAGAUGACGACACGCCUUUGCACGACGCUGCCAACAACGGGCACUACAAGGUGGUGAAGCUGCUGCUGCGGUACGGAGGGAACCCGCAGCAGAGCAACAGGAAAGGCGAGACGCCGCUGAAAGUGGCCAACUCCCCCACGAUGGUGAACCUCCUGUUAGGCAAAGGCACUUACACUUCCAGCGAGGAGAGCUCGACGGAGAGCUCAGAAGAGGAAGACGCACCAUCCUUCGCACCUUCCAGUUCAGUCGACGGCAACAACACGGACUCCGAGUUCGAAAAAGGCCUCAAGCACAAGGCCAAGAACCCAGAGCCACAGAAGGCCACAGCUCCCGUCAAGGACGAGUAUGAGUUUGACGAGGACGACGAGCAGGACAGGGUUCCUCCGGUGGACGACAAGCACCUGUUGAAAAAGGACUACAGAAAAGAAACGAAAUCCAAUAGUUUUAUCUCUAUACCCAAAAUGGAGGUUAAAAGUUACACUAAAAAUAACACGAUUGCACCAAAGAAAGCGUCCCAUCGUAUCCUGUCAGACACGUCGGACGAGGAGGACGCGAGUGUCACCGUGGGGACAGGAGAGAAGCUGAGACUCUCGGCACAUACGAUAUUGCCUGGUAGUAAGACACGAGAGCCUUCUAAUGCCAAGCAGCAGAAGGAAAAAAAUAAAGUGAAAAAGAAGCGAAAGAAAGAAACAAAAGGCAGAGAGGUUCGCUUCGGAAAGCGGAGCGACAAGUUCUGCUCCUCGGAGUCGGAGAGCGAGUCCUCGGAGAGUGGGGAGGACGACGGGGACUCUCUGGGGAGCUCCGGCUGCCUCAAGGGGUCCCCGCUGGUGCUGAAGGACCCCUCCCUGUUCAGCUCCCUCUCCGCCUCCUCCACCUCGUCUCACGGGAGCUCUGCCGCCCAGAAGCAGAACCCCAGCCACACAGACCAGCACACCAAGCACUGGCGGACAGACAAUUGGAAAACCAUUUCUUCCCCGGCUUGGUCAGAGGUCAGUUCUUUAUCAGACUCCACAAGGACGAGACUGACAAGCGAGUCUGACUACUCCUCUGAGGGCUCCAGUGUGGAAUCGCUGAAGCCAGUGAGGAAGAGGCAGGAGCCCAGGAAGCGAGCCUCCCUGUCGGAGAAGAAGAGCCCCUUCCUGUCCGGCACGGAGGGCGCUGUCCCCAAACUGGACAAGGAGGGGAAAGUUGUCAAAAAACAUAAAACAAAACACAAACACAAAAACAAGGAGAAGGGACAGUGUUCCAUCAGCCAAGAGCUGAAGUUGAAAAGUUUUACUUAUGAAUAUGACGACUCCAAGCAGAAGUCAGAUAAGGCUAUACUUUUAGAGAAUGAUCUUUCCGCUGAAAACAAGCUGAAAGUGUUAAAGCAUGAUCGCGACCACUUUAAAAAAGAAGAGAAACUUAGCAAAAUGAAAUUAGAAGAAAAAGAAUGGCUCUUUAAAGAUGAAAAAUCACUGAAGAGAAUCAAAGACACGAACAAAGACAUCAGCAGGUCUUUCCGAGAAGAGAAAGACCGUUCGAAUAAAGCAGAAAAGGAGAAAUCGCUGAAGGAAAAGUCUCCGAAAGAAGAAAAACUGAGACUGUACAAAGAGGAGAGAAAGAAGAAGUCAAAAGACCGGCCCUCAAAAUUAGAGAAGAAGAAUGAUUUAAAAGAGGACAAAAUUUCAAAAGAGAAGGAGAAGAUUUUUAAAGAAGAUAAAGAAAAACUCAAAAAAGAAAAGGUUUAUAGGGAAGAUUCUGCUUUUGACGAAUAUUGUAACAAAAAUCAGUUUCUGGAGAAUGAAGACACCAAAUUUAGCCUUUCUGACGAUCAGCGAGAUCGGUGGUUUUCUGACUUGUCCGACUCAUCCUUUGAUUUUAAAGGGGAGGACAGCUGGGACUCGCCAGUGACAGACUACAGGGACAUGAAGAGCGACUCUGUGGCCAAGCUCAUCUUGGAGACGGUGAAGGAGGACAGCAAGGAGAGGAGGCGGGACAGUCGGGCCCGGGAGAAGCGAGACUACAGAGAGCCCUUCUUCCGAAAGAAGGACAGGGACUAUUUGGAUAAAAACUCCGAGAAGAGGAAAGAGCAGACUGAAAAGCAUAAAAGUGUCCCUGGCUACCUUUUGGAAAAGGACAAGAAAAGGAGAGAGUCCGCAGAGGCCGGGCGGGACAGAAAGGACGCCCUGGAGAGCUGCAAGGAGCGCAGGGACGGCAGGGCCAAGCCCGAGGAGGUGCACCGGGAGGAGCUGAAGGAGUGUGGCUGCGAGAGCGGCUUCAAGGACAAGUCCGACUGCGACUUUGGGAAGGGCCUGGAGCCGUGGGAACGGCAUCACCUAGCACGGGAGAAGGAGAAGAAGGACGGCCCUGAUAAGGAAAGGAAGGAGAAGACAAAACCAGAAAGAUACAAAGAGAAGUCCAGUGACAAGGACAAAAGUGAGAAAUCGAUCCUGGAAAAAUGUCAGAAGGACAAAGAAUUUGAUAAAUGUUUUAAAGAGAAAAAAGAUACCAAGGAAAAACAUAAAGACACACAUGGCAAAGACAAAGAAAGGAAAGCAUCUCUCGACCAAGGGAAAGAGAAGAAGGAGAAGGCUUUCCCUGGGAUCAUCUCGGAAGACUUCUCUGAAAAAAAAGAUGACAAGAAAGGCAAAGAGAAAAGCUGGUACAUCGCAGACAUCUUCACAGAUGAGAGUGAGGACGACAGAGACAGCUGCAUGGGGAGCGGGUUCAAGAUGGGAGAGGCCAGCGACUUGCCAAGGACAGACGGCCUCCAGGAGAAGGAGGAAGGGCGGGAGGCCUAUGCCUCCGACAGACACAGGAAGUCUUCUGACAAGCAGCACCCUGAGAGGCAGAAGGACAAGGAGCCCAGAGACAGGAGAAAGGACCGAGGGGCUGCCGACGGGGGGAGAGACAAAAAAGAGAAAGUCUUUGAAAAGCACAAGGAGAAGAAGGAUAAAGAGUCCACAGAAAAGUACAAGGACAGGAAGGACAGAGCCUCAGUGGACUCCACGCAAGACAAGAAAAAUAAACAGAAGCUCCCUGAGAAGGCUGAAAAGAAGCACGCUGCUGAAGACAAGGCUAAAGGCAAACACAAAGAGAAGUCGGACAAAGAACAUUCCAAGGAGAGGAAGUCCUCGAGAAGUGCCGACACGGAAAAAAGCCUGCUUGAAAAGUUGGAAGAAGAGGCUCUCCAUGAGUACAGAGAAGACUCCAAUGAUAAAAUCAGCGAGGUCUCCUCUGACAGCUUCACGGACCGAGGGCAGGAGCCGGGGCUGACUGCCUUCCUGGAGGUCUCUUUCACGGAGCCACCUGGAGACGACAAGCCGAGGGAGAGCGCCUGCCUCCCUGAGAAGCUGAAAGAGAAGGAGAGGCACAGACACUCCUCAUCUUCAUCCAAGAAGAGCCACGACCGAGAGCGAGCCAAGAAAGAGAAGGCCGAGAAGAAAGAGAAGGGUGAAGAUUACAAGGAGGGUGGUAGCAGGAAGGACUCCGGCCAGUACGAAAAGGACUUCCUGGAGGCGGAUGCUUACGGAGUUUCUUACAACAUGAAAGCUGACAUAGAAGAUGAGCUAGAUAAAACCAUUGAAUUGUUUUCUACCGAAAAGAAAGAUAAAAAUGAUUCCGAGAGAGAACCUUCCAAGAAAAUAGAAAAGGAACUAAAGCCUUAUGGAUCUAGUGCCAUCAACAUCCUAAAAGAGAAGAAGAAGAGAGAGAAACACAGGGAGAAAUGGAGAGACGAGAAGGAGAGGCACCGGGACAGGCAUGCGGAUGGGCUGCUGCGGCAUCACAGGGACGAGCUCCUGCGGCAUCACAGGGACGAGCAGAAGCCCGCCACCAGGGACAAGGACAGCCCGCCCCGCGCGCUCAAAGACAAGUCCAGGGACGAGGGCCCGAGGCUCAGCGACGCCAAACUGAAGGAGAAAUUCAAGGACAGUGCAGAGAAAGAAAAGGGCGACCCAGUGAAGAUGAGCAACGGGAAUGAUAAGGUAGCGCCGUCCAAAGACCCAGGCAAGAAAGACGCCAGGCCCAGGGAGAAGCUCCUGGGGGACGGCGACCUGAUGAUGACCAGCUUCGAGAGGAUGCUCUCUCAGAAGGACCUGGAGAUCGAGGAGCGCCACAAGCGGCACAAGGAGAGGAUGAAGCAAAUGGAGAAGCUGAGGCACCGGUCCGGAGACCCCAAGCUCAAGGAGAAGGCGAAGCCGGCAGACGACGGGCGGAAGAAGGGUCUGGACGUUCCUGCUAAGAAACCGCCGGGGCUGGACCCUCCGUUUAAAGACAAAAAGCUCAAAGAGUCGACUCCUAUUCCACCUGCCGCAGAAAAUAAGCUACACCCAGGAUCAGGUGCAGACUCCAAAGACUGGCUGGCAGGCCCUCACAUGAAAGAGGUCCUGCCUGCGUCUCCCAGGCCUGACCAGAGCCGGCCCACUGGCGUGCCCACCCCUACGUCGGUGCUAUCCUGCCCCAGCUACGAGGAGGUGAUGCACACGCCCAGGACCCCGUCCUGCAGCACCGAUGACUACGCGGACCUCGUGUUCGACUGCGCGGACUCCCAGCACUCCACGCCUGUGCCCACAGCUCCCACCAGCGCCUGCUCCCCCUCCUUUUUCGACAGGUUCUCCGUGGCUUCAAGUGGGCUUUCGGAAAACGCCAGCCAGGCUCCUGCCAGGCCUCUCUCCACAAACCUUUACCGCUCGGUCUCUGUCGACAUUAGGAGGACCCCCGAGGAAGAGUUCAGCGUCGGAGACAAGCUCUUCAGGCAGCAGAGCGUUCCUGCUGCCUCCAGCUACGACUCUCCUGUGCCACACUCGAUGGAAGACAGGGCGCCCCUGCCCCCGGUGCCCGCGGAGAAGUUUGCCUGCUUGUCCCCAGGGUACUACUCCCCAGACUAUGGCCUCCCAUCGCCCAAAGUUGACACUUUGCGCUGCCCGCCGGCUGCCGUCGUCACUGUCACCCCGUCUCCAGAGGGCGUCUUCUCAAGUUUACAAGCAAAACCUCCCCCUUCCCCCAGAGCUGAGCUGCUGGUUCCUUCCCUCGAAGGGGCCCUUCCCCCGGACCUGGACACCUCCGAGGACCAGCAGGCGACGGCCGCCAUCAUCCCCCCGGAGCCCAGCUACCUGGAGCCGCUGGACGAGGGUCCGUUCAGCGCCGUCAUCACCGAGGAGCCUGUUGAGUGGGCCCACCCCUCCGAGCAGGCCCUUGCCUCUAGCCUGAUCGGGAGCACCUCUGAAAACCCUGUCAGCUGGCCUGUGGGCUCAGACCUCCUGCUGAAGUCUCCACAGAGAUUCCCCGAGUCCCCAAAGCAUUUCUGCCCCCCGGACCCCCUCCACUCUGCCACCCCAGGGCCCUUCGGCGCCUCAGAGGCGCCGUACCCCGCCCCUCCCGCCUCUCCUGCGCCGUACACUCUGCCCGUCGCUGAGCCAGGACUGGAGGACGUCAAAGACGGAGUGGAAGCUGUCCCCGCCGCCAUCUCCGCCUCAGAGGCGGCUCCCUACGCCCCUCCCUCCGGGCUGGAGUCCUUCUUCAGCAACUGCAAGUCACUUCCGGAAGCUCCGCUGGACGUGGCCCCUGAGCCCGCCUGCGUAGCGGCUGUGGCUCAGGUGGAGGCUCUGGGGCCCCUGGAAAAUAGCUUCCUGGACAGCAGCCACAGCCUGUCUAACCUCGGCCAGGUGGAGCCGGUGCCCUGGGCAGACGCCUUCGCGGGCCCCGAGGACGACCUGGACCUGGGGCCCUUCUCCCUCCCGGAGCUUCCCCUGCAGACUAAAGAUGCCGCAGAUGUUGAAACAGAACCCGUAGAAGAAAGUCUUGCUCCUCCAGAAAAGAUCCCUCCGGGGGCCCCUGUGGUCAUAAACGGUGGGGAUGUUUCCACCGUAGUGGCUGAGGAGCAGCCGGCACUGCCUCCUGACCAGGCCUCCACCCGGCUCCCUGCAGAGCUGGAGCCUGAGCCCUCAGAGGAGCCAAAGCUGGACGUGGCUCUAGAAGCUACGGUGGAGGCAGAGACGGUGCCAGAAGAGAGGGCCCAUGGGGAUCUGGACUCCAGUGUGGAGCCCACGCCCGUUCCCCCUGAACAGCGCCCACUGGGGAGCGGAGACCAGGGGGCUGAGGCUGAAGGCCCCCCCGCCGCGUCCCUCUGUGUCCCCGACGGCCCCCCCGUGGACACUGUGGCACAAGCUCAGGCUGCGGACAGUGCUGGCCCCGAGGACAACACUGAGGCUUCCCGUGCUGCCGCCCCAGCUGAAGGCCCUCCCGGCGGCAUCCAGCCAGAAGCCACAGAACCGGAACCAAAACCCACGGCCGAAGCCCCGAAGGCCCCCAGAGUGGAGGAGAUCCCUCAGCGCAUGACCAGGAACCGGGCGCAGAUGCUCGCGAACCAGAGCAAGCAGGGACCGCCCCCCUCCGAGAAGGAGUGCGCCCCCACCCCUGCCCCCGUCACCAGGGCCAAGGCCCGCGGCUCCGAGGAGGACGACGCCCAGGCCCAGCAUCCGCGCAAACGCCGCUUUCAGCGCUCCACCCAACAGCUGCAGCAGCAGCUGAACACGUCCACGCAGCAGACGCGGGAGGUGAUCCAGCAGACGCUGGCCGCCAUCGUGGACGCCAUCAAGCUGGACGCCAUCGAGCCCUACCACAGCGACAGGGCCAACCCCUACUUCGAAUACCUGCAGAUCAGGAAGAAGAUCGAGGAGAAACGCAAGAUCCUGUGCUGCAUCACGCCGCAGGCGCCCCAGUGCUACGCCGAGUACGUCACCUACACGGGCUCCUACCUCCUGGACGGCAAGCCGCUCAGCAAGCUCCACAUCCCCGUGAUCGCACCCCCUCCCUCCCUGGCGGAGCCCCUGAAGGAGCUGUUCAGGCAGCAGGAGGCGGUCCGGGGAAAGCUGCGUCUACAGCACAGCAUCGAGCGGGAGAAGCUGAUCGUGUCCUGUGAGCAGGAGAUUCUGCGGGUUCACUGCCGGGCGGCCAGGACCAUCGCCAACCAGGCAGUGCCAUUCAGCGCCUGCACGAUGCUGCUGGACUCCGAAGUCUACAACAUGCCCCUGGAGAGCCAGGGUGACGAGAACAAGUCAGUGCGUGACCGUUUCAACGCCCGCCAGUUCAUCUCCUGGCUCCAGGACGUGGAUGACAAGUAUGACCGCAUGAAGACUUGCCUCCUCAUGCGGCAGCAGCACGAGGCCGCGGCCCUGAACGCCGUGCAGAGGAUGGAGUGGCAGCUGAAGGUGCAGGAACUGGACCCCGCCGGGCACAAGUCCCUGUGCGUGAACGAGGUGCCCUCCUUCUAUGUGCCCAUGGUUGACGUCAACGACGACUUUGUAUUGUUGCCGGCGUGACACCGCGGGACGGCCGCAGGACGCAGGCGAGGGCCGCACGGCUGCCCAGGGCUGCUGCUAAGCCCCAGGGGCGGAGGAGGGAGCGCCAUGUCCGCCCGGGCGGGGAGAGACCCCGAGAGAGACUGCGCUCGGCCACAGCGUCUCCAUCUCUUCCAGACUGGUCCAGACGUCGGGGAGGUGAAACACGUCUCUUCUACCAGCUGCCGCGGCGGGGGCAAAGCCCCCAGAGCCUCACCGGCCCCGGCGGGAUGAGGAGACCACGCCGGGCGCGCACAUAUGGCAGCUUCUGUUUGAAAACGGUGACCUUCGGGCCCUUUUCUCCAGCAACUGCAGAGGCAUUUCAGGAGUUGGAGAACGGAGUACAUUUUUAAAAUUUUUUGUUCCAUUCUGAUCAACUAAAGAAAAUUAAGGUGUCCACCUCUCACAAACAGUGACCUCCAGGUCGGAGGGGCAGGAGCCCCAUCCCAGCCGUGGCUCUAUUGCUACAGAGCUGCGACGGCCUCAGACUGGGCUUCAGACCUGGUGCGGAGCCAGGCGGAGGGACACAGAGCCAGGACUCCCAGCCGUAUUUUAAUGGAGUCAAAUCCGCGUGGUUUGUAUCUUCUUUCCUUUAAUCUUGGGCAUUUUGUUUCUCUUUCUGAGAACGUAACUUGAAACACUACAGAGCCAAUAAUCAUAUAAAAAGUGUAUCCGUAAACGCUGUACAGUUUUAUAUACAUUCACAAUGUACUUUUGCUGCCUUCUAGAUAAUUUAUUUUGCAACACAUUACUGCACAGUUGUAAAUAACUUAUGUACUGUAACAUCACUUUCAGUUAUGUGUAAAGAAAUAAAUAAAUUAAUUAAAA